AUGUUGGACUUUUUGUUUCUUGGCCUUGCCAUUGCCUUGUGGGCAUGUUAUUGCUGUCGCCGUCGAAGAGGCAUCCAAGGAUUGAGACGCGUCCCCAUUUUGACGCCCAAACCCUUCAUGUCCGAAGAAGAUCGUCUGGCCUUGAUUGAGAAACAAUUGGUGACCGUCAAGAUCGGCGGCACUUUUGGAUCCGUCUGCAAUUUGGUAACUGCGGCACGUUCCAUGUACGAAGCCAACUGUUGCAAUUGUGCAGCUGGUGCUUCUUCUAGUAAUAAGAAGAACAAGGAUUGCAAGAACAAGAAUGACCCGCAAAAGCCAAACGAGACUUCUGCCUCAUCAUUUGAUCCACACGCAAGUCAACGAUCGGUAUUAUCCCGAACUUGGUCUGCCGCUUCGGUAGCAGCAGCUCAACAGAGACAAGACGAAUGCAUAAUAUGUUUCGAAGAAUACCAAGAAGGCCAUGAGAUUUGUUGGGCCAAGACGGAUCAAUGUCAACAUGUCUUUCACAAGACUUGUGCCCUGGAAUGGCUCAAACGGGACGACAACUGUCCCCUAUGUCGCGUGGAUAUCAUCAAUGCCAAGACUGUGACCUACGAAGAAGUGGACGCCGAUGAGGUUCUUCUUGAUGCUACGGAACUGGAACUUCACGAGGCAGAAUCGAAUGACGAUGACUUGGAACUUGGAGAGGCCCCUACCACCACUGAAACAGAAGGCAAUGAUACAGAAAGUGAAGGUGACGACAAUGCUGGACAAGAUGAAGAAUCCAAUACUACCGACCUUCCAUCUACAAGUAUUGCACUGUCAGAAGGACCUCAAGUGAGUGAAGAUUCGCCACCAUUGGUCGAGCAUCAUGACUUGGAAGCUGGCGAACAAGAUUCUGUGGAAGUGGUGGUAUUGCCUCCAGCACCGAGCCAUCAAGAAGAAAUUAUUCCUGCAUCUGCUGAUGACGAGACAGAAGAAUCGUCUUUCAAUCGGUUUUCAAAAGCAGUACCCUCGAGGUCGGUUGAUUUUGCAGGCUCGAUACAUACCGAUGGGGAAUAA